AUGCCGCCCCAGCCGCCGCCGCCGCCGCUCAUGGUCGCGAAUGGUAAUCCGGCUGAUGUAAUGGCGUACGGCGAGCGACCUCUAGCGGCGACGGAUAUUCCAGAAGCAGUCCCGCUCAGGUGUUUAUGUGGCGGAAAUGACGUCACGGCGAUUGCUGCUCUCGGGGGACGUUUACGUCGGUUGACCACAACGCACGCGGAUAUCGGGCAGGAAAUUCGCCGCUCACUGGAGUCGAGCCGACGGGAAGGAACUCUCGCCUGUGCACGCCCACGCCCGCGCCCAUCUUCCGUCUUCGUUGAAUUUUGGUCGUCCGGUGUGUUUUCGGGCGAAGGUCAUGCGCACGUGUAUCCGGCCUAUUGUUCACAAGAUCACGCCUAUGCCGUGCCGUGUCCUUUGUGUUUAUGUAAAGGGGCGGAAACUGCCUGCUUCCAUGAAGAGCGUGAUGUGCUUGUGUAUGGAGACCGGCGGUGGAUAACGAAUCUUCACUACGCCUUUCAAGAUGAUAGUAACCUGUACCUGGUAAUGGAUUACUACUGUGGCGGCGACCUGCUCACAUUGUUAAGUAAAUUUGAAGAUCGACUGCCCGAGGACAUGGCUCGUUUCUACAUUGCAGAAAUGAUCCUUGCGAUUGAUUCUAUACAUAAGUUACGAUACGUCCAUCGAGACAUCAAACCGGACAACGUGUUGCUGGAUGCCAAUGGCCACAUACGGUUAGCGGAUUUUGGCUCGUGUUUACGACUUCAGGAAGAUGGGACGGUGCAGAGUAAUGUAGCAGUAGGGACACCGGAUUAUAUAUCCCCAGAAAUCCUCAGGGCCAUGGGAGAGGGACAGGUUUGUUGAGAGCAGGCGUUCAUUCCGUGGUCAUUCGUGUGCAGUAAGUCCGUGUGGUGACUGGACACAGAUUGGGAUAUACACAGAGGCAGAGUUGCUUGCUCAACCCCCCCAUAGAUGCUUCAUGCUUCCUGACAUUGAGUCCUAGGAUUUACUUUUUUUUUUAAGGACACUGGGUGGGAUUUUAUGGUUGAACUUGGUGUAUCUUUGGAUGGGUAAAGUACUUGAAGUUGGCAAAAUUUCACAAAGUAUGGAAUAAGAGCAGUUCUGAAGUAUGUGGAUAAUAGCCGUUGUGAUAUUAGGUAUAUGAUGUUUUUGUUGCAAUUAUCUGUUUUCAAGAUCAGCUUCAAGGCCUUCCUCAAAACAUGGUUGCCCAAGUGAUCUCAUGAAAUUUGGUCCAGCUUGCGUGAAAGUUAGUUUGUUCUUACACUGGCCUCUUUUAAUAUCAUUGACCACAAGCGCAGACAUGAGAAAGAGUUUGACCUGGCAUAAUGUUGGUGUUGGUGUCGUUGCAUUGGCCUAAUAGACUGUAUAGGAAGGAUAGAAAGUUUCUUUUGUCAAU